AUGGGGGCGCUCAGCAACAGUGACUCCAGCCGCGGUGGCUCGUCGCAAAUCCCUUUGGCGUCCCAAGACCUCCCAUGCGUCGUAUGCCGGAAGCGCAAAGUACGAUGCUCCAAGACGGAGCCUUGCACCAACUGUGAACGCUCCGGCUUCCAAUGCAGUUAUACAGACUCAAGCCGCCUGGUCAACAGGCGCACGCCCAAGCCAGCCGAGUAUCUUGCGAGGAGAGUGGCGGAGCUAGAAGAAGUCGUGCGGAACUUGAGCCAACAAGGGCUAGAGCAAGGGCAUCCGGUGGCCAACAUAACCCAAAGCAUCGUACACAAGUCGCCCGGCCUGGCUCGAGCAAGAGAUAGAGACGCCGACUCGACGCAGGGCAAACUGGUGCUGGACGGCGACCGAUCGAGAUACUUGCACGAGGGAUUCUGGGCUGCCAUGUACGAUGAGGUCCGCGACUUGAAGUUUACUCUCCGAGCAGAGCCGCAGCUAUCGGGAAAUUCUUUUCUAUUCCCCAACCUCGACAGCGACCGCGCACUCAGCCGAGCUCAUCCUCCGAUCCUGGAAAGUGACUUUUUGAUCCAGACCUUCGUUGACAAGGUCGAUUCAUUUGUGCGGAUCCUACACAAGCCGACACUGCUUCAAGACCUGAACCAUUUCCGCCGCGGGAUUCUGCCGGCGGCGACCGAGUUUGAAUGCAGCCUCUUCACCGUCUACGCCCUGGCGCUUCUCCCCCUGUGUCCGACAGUGGUAGAAUACCGGCUCCACGAACCCAAACAAGUCCUGCUAGCCAAGUAUCGCACCUAUGUGGAACACGGCAUGAGUCGGUUGAAUCUCACCACGACCCAGUCCUUGUCCACACUCCAGACGUUCGUGUUGUACAUCACGUUGCUGUUCUGGACCGGCGAAAUGCUGCACGUUAGCACCCUGCUAGCCGUGGCAUUUGCCAUAGCACGACGAAUGGGCCUCAAUCGCGACGGGUCACACUUUUCACUGCGCCCCUGGCAGACCGAACUCCGCCGGCGUCUGUGGCAUCAGCUCGUGCUUCUCGAUGCCUGGUGCGUGGAGAACCACGGGCUACAGCCCACGAUCCAUUCCGACCAGUCGGACACAGGCCUGCCUCAGAAUUCAAACGACUCUGCCUGGGACACGUCGGAGUUUGCAUCGGUCCGCCCUGAAGCCCAAACAGGCUUCACCGAGAUGACACCGGCGCUCAUCCAAUACGAGAUCGGAUCGCUGAUCACUUUUGUCCUCAGCCAUCCGUACACAUCUUCGGGAACCACGGCUGUUCGAGACCACCUCGAUCUCCAAUCCGAGGUAGUACGGCAGACGAGGCAACGCCUGGAGAUCGCAUACCUGCGGACUUUGAACCCUGACGAUCUCCUCCAGAGAUUGACCCGAGAUCUCCACGAACACGCCUUCCGGAGGAUCAGGUUGAUGCAACUGGCGCCCAUUCUGAACGCGAGAGGAUUGGAUGAGCGGGAACGAGCGGGUUUGGAGGCAAAGUAA